GGAGUGGGAGGCGGGGUUUUGGCAGGGCUGGGUCAUGCAGGGCCUAGUAGGCAUUUGGAUUUUAUCCUCAGCGCAGUGGCACUGAUCUUAGGCAGAAGGGUGACUUACGAAGAUCACUCUGGCUGUCAUUUGGAGAGAAGGCUGCUGGAGCUAAGAAUGGACAGGGGGACCAGGUGGGAGGACAUUUAAGUCAGACGCAACACGACACGGUGUGAGGGGAGGGUAACACUGAGGUAAAGCGGGCGAGAACUAGCCCACUGUGACUGACGGGAUGGCAGACAGAAGGGGGGUCGGGGGUUUGGACUCUGAGGUGAGGGCCCGGGGCGCAGCCAGAGGCAGUUGGCCCAGGAGAGAAGCGGUACCCUACUCUGCAUUCAGUGCCUGCAGCAGAGCCUAACGCACAGAGGUGCUCAAUAAAUGUCUCUCGGGCUCAGAUAGGGAAGAGAAAAAACAGCUCCAUGCAGUGUCAUGAAGCCAAGAGCCAGAGAGCUGGAGGUUGGCGUCUGGGGCAGUGGCAUCACAUGCCUCGGGGGGCUGAGCAGACGCGGAUGGAACAGUGGCCUAGGCCUUAGCAGCACUGAGAGCUGUUUUAGAGGCGAGGUGAGAGCAGAAGCCAAAACUGCCGAGGCUUGACGGAGCGACUGGGUGUCCCUGGAUAGCCCAAACAGUUCAGCGCUGGGCUGCUAACCAAAAGGUUGGUGGUUUGAAUACACCCAGAGGUGCCUCGGAAGAAAGGCCUGGUGGUCUGCUUCCGAAAGGUCACAGCCCUAAAAACCCUAUGGAGCGCGGUGUUACCCUGACACACACAGAGCUGCCGCGAGUCGGAAUCGACUCAACGGCAACGGUUCUUUUUUAUUCUUGAGGGGGUGAAAGGGAGGGAGGAAGGACUUGUUCACUGAAGCUUUCUGGAAGCUGGCCUUCUGGCCAGAAGUGGGAGAGGACAGGGAAGUGGGGCUUGGGGACGAGUGGGCAGGGUCCAGUACCGGGUGCUUUUGGAUCGAGGAGGCCUGCGUCUUCUUAGACUGCAGACGUUUGAGUGGAAGAGUUGGGGCUGGUAACUGGUAAUAGCCAGCAUGGAUGGAGCACUUCUUGUGCGCCAGGCCAGCGCUGUGCAGUUCAUGACCAUGAUGUCACUUCGUCCCACGGCAGCCCUGCAGGGCAGUUAACUCCCUUCUACAAAGGAGAACACUGAGGUGCAGACAGAGAAAGCUACGCCCAGAUCACUGGGUUCCUCUUCCCAUCUCACUGUGAGUUUUCCACCCUGUGCCCUCUGCCCAGAAUGGGGUCAGGUGCACAGGAGGACCUCAGCAAGUAUUUUCUGCAGGAACAUUGGUUAUUGGCUAGGAACAGGGGCUCCAGAGUCUGAGUGCUGGGUUCAGAUCCCACCCUGAUUCAAAUUCGAUUCCUGCCUCAGGACCUCCGCACUGCUUCCAUAUACUUGCAUGACCUGUUUUCUCAUCCUGAGAUCUUUACUCAAAAGAGACUUCAUUCAGUAAGGCUUUCCUUGGUGACUGUAAAAUCCAACUCCCAAUGUGUUGUUAGGUGCCUUUGAGUCAGUUCCAACUCAUAGCGACCCCACGUACAAUAGAACAAGACGCUGCCAGGUCCCAUGCCAUCCCCACAGUCAUUGCUAUGCUUGAGCCCAUUGUUGCAGCCACUGUGUCAAUCCAUCUUGUUGAGGGUCUUCUUUUUCGCUGACACUGCUCUACCAAGCAUGAUGUCUUUCUCCAGGAACUGGUCCCUCCUGAUAACACGUCCAAAGUACCUGAGACGAAGUCUCGCCAUCCUUGCUUUCGAGGAGCGCUCUGGCUGUACCUCUUCCGAGACAGAUUUGUUCACUCUUCUGGCAGGCCAUGCCGCGAAGCGGAGAAUCCCUGUGUCCCAGCCGGGCAUGGCAGACCCCCACCAGCUUUUCGAUGACACAAGUUCGGCCCAGAGUCGGGGCUAUGGGGCCCCACGGGCACCCAGCAGCCUGGGCUACCCUGCAGCCUCCACUUCGCCCCAGGCGGCCUUCCUGGCCGAUCCUGUGUCCAACAUGGCCAUGGCCUAUGGGAGCAGCCUGGCCGCCCAGGGCAAGGAGCUGGUGGAUAAGAACCAAGCUCAAGUAUUACUUCGCUGUGGACACGGUGUACGUGGGCAAAAAGCUGGGCCUCCUGGUCUUCCCUUACCUGCACCAGGACUGGGAGGUGCAGUACCAGCAGGACACACCAGUGGCCCCCCGCUUUGACAUCAAUGCUCCUGACCUCUACAUUCCAGCUAUGGCUUUCAUCACCUACGUCCUGGUGGCUGGCCUUGCGCUAGGGACCCAGGACAGGUUCUCCCCAGACCUCCUUGGGCUGCAGGCAAGCUCGGCGUUGGCGUGGCUGGCAUUGGAGGUGCUGGCCAUCCUGCUCAGCCUGUACCUGGUCACCAUCAACACUGACCUCACCACCAUUGACCUGGUGGCCUUCUUGGGCUACAAAUAUGUUGGGAUGAUCAGCGGGGUCCUCACAGGCCUGCUCUUUGGGAAGAUCGGCUACUACCUGGUGCUGGGCUGGUGCUGCACGUCCAUCUUUGUGUUCAUGAUCCGGACCCUGCGUCUGAAGAUCCUGGCUGAAGCGGCAGCGGAAGGAGUCCCGGUGCGCGGGGCGCGGAACCAGCUGCGCAUGUACCUGACCAUGGCGGUGGCCGCGGCGCAGCCUCUGCUCAUGUACUGGCUCACCUUCCACCUGGUGCGGUGAGGGUGGCACCUCCCGCCUGGAACCUCCCCGCCGCACCCCUGGCGGCCACCGUGUGCCGCCGCGACUCAUCUCCUGCCCGCGCGCGCGGGCGCCACCAGCCCAGGCCUCCCCGCGCUGCCGCCGGCUCUCCCCUUCCCCCUCCGUCCAGGUGCUGAGAUCUCACUGCACAGGCCGCGGCCUGGAGCGCGGCCGCUGUUAUCGAAACAAUAAACCCUGUUGGGCCCUCG